AUGGACGACUUCGAGACGGAUUCUGUAAGCGAGGACCCGUUGUAUGACGAUCCCACGGCUAGCACGGCUGACUACGACUACUCUGACCUGAUGUGCGACCUGUCGCCGGUGCGGGCCUUCCGGCAGGCGUACGAGCCACCGCUCUUCUGGAUGAUCGCGGUGGUGGGCUUCCUCGGGAACAUGGCGGUGGUCUGGAUAUACCUCAAUUACCGUCGAAGACUCAAGACCAUGACUGACGUUUUCCUGCUCAACCUGGCCGUGGCCGACCUUUUGUUCCUGGUCACGUUGCCCCUGUGGGCAGCCGAGGCCUCUAGCAGCUGGACUUUUGGCGCCGCCGUCUGCAAGAUGACCUCCGCUGUCUACAAGGUGAACCUUUUCAGCUCCACGCUUUUACUGACUUGCAUCAGCGUGGAUCGCUACGUGGUCAUCGUCCAAACCACCAAGGCCCGCAACCUCCAGGCCCAGCGGCGGCGCUGCGCCCGCCUGGCCUGCGCGGUCGUCUGGUUGACGGCCCUGCUGCUGGCCACGCCCGAGCUGGCCUUCGCCACCGUGGCGCCGGCCCAGACGGCCGAGGGUCCGGUCGAUUUCUGCCGGAUGCUGAUCCCGGCGCGCGUGGGUCGGUCCACCAAGACGGCCACGCUUUCCCUGCAAGUGCUCAUGGGAUUUUGCCUGCCCUUCACCGUCAUGGCAAUCUGCUACGGCGCGGUGGUGGCCACCCUGCUCAAGACCCGCAGCUUCCAAAAGCACAAGGCCAUGCGCGUGGUGCUGGCCGUGGUGGCCGUCUUCCUGCUCACGCAGCUGCCCCACAACGCCGUGCUGGUGACCGAGGCGGCGCAGGCGGCUGACGCCACCAUCACCGACUGCCAGCAGCUCAAAGCUUUCCUGACGGCGGGGCAGGUGCUGAAGGGCGUGGCCUACCUUCACGCCUGUCUCAACCCUUUUCUCUAUGCCUUUGUGGGUGUGCGCUUCCGCCGGGACCUCCUCCAGCUGGUGCGCUUCCGCUCCCGCCGACGCACGUCGACAAUCUCUGGGAAAAGUACACCGGGAUCGGCCCGGGUGUCUGACAGCGACACCUCGCAGGCACUGUCACUGUAG